AUGCAGUUGCCCAGCAGAAACAGCUCCAAGCUGGUGAAGAUGGAGAAUGGCACAGUGGAUGAACAGAACCAAACUGGGCUGCUGCCAAGUCAAGAAAUUAUCACUACUGAAUACCAAGUGGUUACCAUCCUCUUGGUCCUCUUCAUCUGUGGACUUGGCAUAGUGGGCAAUGUCAUGGUGGUGUUGGUAGUUCUCAGGACUAAACACAUGAGGACUCCUACUAACUGCUACCUGGUGAGUCUCGCUGUGGCUGAUCUCAUGGUGCUGAUGGCUGCAGGACUACCCAACAUUACUGAGAGCCUCUAUGGAUCUUGGGUCUAUGGUUAUGCAGGAUGCCUCUGCAUUACUUACCUCCAGUACCUAGGCAUCAAUGCUUCUUCUUGCUCCAUCACGGCUUUCACCAUUGAGAGAUACAUAGCCAUCUGCCACCCAAUCAAAGCCCAAUUCCUAUGUACUUUUUCAAGAGCCAAAAAGAUCAUUAUUUUUGUCUGGGCUUUCACCUCCAUAUACUGUAUGCUCUGGUUUUUCCUUCUAGAUCUCAACACUGUAGUCUACAAAGAUACCAUUGUUGUGUCCUGUGGCUACAAGGUGUCCAGAAGCUACUACUCCCCUAUAUAUAUGAUGGAUUUUGGUAUAUUUUAUGUUGUGCCAAUGAUACUGGCCACUGUCCUCUAUGGUCUGAUUGCAAGAAUAUUAUUCCUGAAUCCCAUCCCUUCAGAUCCAAAAGAAAAUUCUAAGACAUGGAGAAACAACUCAACUCACCAAAGCAAGAAUGUGAACUCCAAGACAACAAACAGGUGCUUCAAUAGCACUAUUGCUUCUAGAAGACAGGUUACCAAGAUGCUGGCCGUAGUUGUAAUACUCUUUGCCUUGUUAUGGAUGCCAUAUCGGACAUUGGUUGUUGUAAACUCCUUUCUCUCCAAGCCUUUCCAAGAAAAUUGGUUCCUGUUAUUUUGUAGAAUCUGCAUUUAUCUAAAUAGUGCCAUCAAUCCUGUGAUUUACAAUCUCAUGUCCCAGAAAUUCAGAGCAGCCUUCAGGAAACUCUGCAACUGCCAGAAGAAACAGUCAGAGAAACCUGCUAAUUACAGUGUGGCUCUAAACUAUAAUGCCAUAAAGGAGUCUGAGCACUUCAGCACUGAACUAGAAGACAUUACCAUCACCAACACCUACCUGUCUUCUGCAAAAAUGUCCUUUGAUGAUACAUGUUUGUCUUCUGAGGUAACAUUUAGCAACACUUAAUAUGCUAUUCUAUUAAUACUAACCAAUAUGUUGUGUGCAUAUACAAGGAACCA